AUGAAUUAUGCUGGUGCUACUGCCACUAGCAGUUCUUCUACAGCGACAACAACGCUUGAUCCGUCACAACCUUCCACAUCAUCUAGUAUAAGCACACCGUUGGCCGAGACUUCACAACUACCGCCAUUUCCAAAUACACGAUGGAUAAGGUCGACCAUGGAUUUUUCGAAAAACCCUGGCAUAUUCGACGAUGUAUUCAAGAAAAUCAAAGAACUUACGCCACCAGCUUUUGAAGGAGCUAAAUUAUCUGUUACAAAAAUGCUAAGUUCACAUUUUCAAGUUAGUCAUUCGUUGACAUUAAGCGGAGGUGCCAGUUGUGGUUACAAAUUUGGAGCAAAUUAUGUUGGUACUCAACUUUAUUCUCAGUCAGAGGUAUUUCCUGUUAUUUUGGGUGAUAUGGAUGCAAACGGAAGUGCCAAUGCUCAAAUUAUUCAUCAGUGGACAGAUAAAAUACGAACCCGGUUUCUUGCGCAAGUUCAAACAUACAAAAUGUCAGGAUACCAAAUGGCAUUAGAUUAUCGAACAAAAUAUACUACAACUACUAUAACAGCAGCAAAUCUUGACCUGAUCGGUAAUUCUGGAAUUAUUGUUUUACAACAUUUAGCACGAGUGACGAAUAAUUUUGAUGUGGGCGCUGAGUAUCUGUAUCAGGCAAGUCCAAGGAUACCCGGGAAACAUAUUGGAACAACUAGUUUUACUGGUCGUUAUCGAGCUAAAUUUUCUCCAACCGGCAUUAUUAAUGUUGGCUAUUUUCAUCAAAAAAAUAAUAGUCCAUUACAACUUGGAGUGGAAUUUGAAACCUCUUUAGCUUUUGAAGAAAGUACAGCGACAUUGUCUUACCAGUACGAUUUACCAAAAGCGAAUACGACAUUUCGAGGAAUGAUAGACACAAACGGAAUUGUAACAGCAGUCAUCGAAAAACGUUUACUUCCAUUACCAUUUACAUUUAUCUUAAGUAGUUCACUGAAUCAUGCUAAAGCAGCAUAUCGAUUUGGAAUUGGAUUACAUAAACCGUUUCGAUUGAUGUGGUUAUCUGUUUUUGUUCUUUAUUGGUAUAAUCAUAUUUCGUCUUCAACAACAAAGAUGACUGAUGCUGGUUUUUUUAAAGGCACAUCUGCAGAUCAAGAUAGCCGUUUUACUAAUAAACAAAAAAAACUUUUAAAACAAAUGAAAUUUCCUGAAAAUUCUGAUGUUAAAAUUGAUAUGGUUAAGGUUAAUUUGGAUGUUAUCAAACCGUGGAUUACAAAAAGACUACAAGAAUUGUUAGGCAUAGAAGACGAUGUUGUGAUAGAAUUUGUUUUCAAUCAACUUGAAGAAAAGAAUCCGGAUCCGAAAAUGAUGCAAAUAAAUUUAACUGGAUUUUUAGGUGGUAGUAAAGCUCGAUCAUUCAUUGGUGAAUUGUGGGAAAAGUUAGCGAGUGCACAAUCUUCACCAGAUGGAAUUCCGGCAGAACUUGUUGAGCAAAAAAAAUUAGAAUUACAAAAACGAAGAGAAGAUGAAGAGAAGUUACGAGAUGCACGUCGUCGAGAAGAAGAAUCAUUUCCAAAUCGUGAGCAUGAUGCGAAACAAGACAUGGAUGAACAUGAUGUGAAAAUGAACGGUAGAACAACAGAUAGAAUGGAGACAAAAGACAAAGAGUCAAGAACAAAACAACGAAGUGAUGUAGGUGGUCCGACGUCAACGUGGAAAGCAAGGAAAGAGGAUAGAUGGGACACAAAAAGACGUUAUUCUCCGGAUCGUGAUCGAAUACGACGAGAAGACUGGGGGGAUAGAUCACGAGAUUACGAGAAUAGAACGCGCGAUAAUAAUGAAAAUAAUAAUAACAAUCGUCGCUCAUCACCGGAAUCAAAAAAUAGUCGACGACGUCGUUUUCAAGAAGGUAGCGUAUCGCCACCAUCAAAGAAAAAUCGAAAAGAACAUAGAGUUAAUCGUCAGUCAUCUGAUAGUGAAGCAGACACACGAAAGAAGAAAUCAGGUGAUGAUAAAGUCAAAUUAAAACAAACGAUACUGCCUAAUUCAGAUGCAACGAAAUUGAAACAAAAGAAAAUCGAUGAUGAUAACAAAAGCAAAAAUUCGAAAAAUCGUUCGCCAACAUCUGACUCUUCUAAUGAAGAAAAUACAACGAAGAAACCAUCGAAAACAAAAGAAAAAGACUCUCAGCAACAGUCUAGUCAUUCAUCAGCCAAAAACACUGAAAGACAGCGAGUACCAUCUAGUUCUAGUACAGCAUCAUCUAUCGAUGAUCGAAAUAGAAAAAAAAAUAAUCUUUCGGAUAAAGAAAUAAAAUCCAAAAAAAAGAAGAGUGUAUCACGAUCAACAAGUCGAAGUCGUAGCCCAUCAAAAGAUCGCUAUACGAAAAAACCAAAAAGUUUAAAAGAGACAGAAAAAUGGAAACAAACUGAUGAUAGAGAAAAGUCAUCCAGAAAGAAGAAUGUGUCAUCGGACGAAGAUGCAUCUAAUAAACGAAUUAAGAAAUCAACCGAUAUCGACGAAAAAUCUGAGUCCAACAAGCAACGCGAUGAUACCGAAAAACAACAGGUAUCAAAAAAAAAAGUGGAUGAUAGUAGUGAUCGUUCAAGUAGUGAAGGCAGCGAAUCAAAUGUACCACCAUUGAAGCGAAUUCUUGAACAAGAACGACGUCAAGAACAGCAACAGCAACGGUAUCAAUCUAAUUCUAACCAGCGUUCACAACGAAAUCAACAACGUGAUUCAUCUCAUUCUCCUCCCCGUUCGACAUCGACCAAAGAACCGGCACGUAAGAAAGAGCAUGAAUCACAACGUGCAUCCUCGCAAUCAAAAGAUAAUUCUUCCUCUAAACGAAAAGAGAAAGACACGAUUCCUUCUGAUACUGAACGACGACAUCAAAAAGUUGAUGUUAAAAAUAAGGAACAAGAAAAGCAAUCGAAGAAAAAAGAUGAUGUCGAAGAUGUGAAUAAGAACAAAAAGUUAAUUGUGGAUAAUAACAAUGUUAAAAGAUCAUUGAACAGAGAACAACCAACACAAAUAAAGAAACAUGAGCACCAUCAUCAUACAAAAAAGAAUCGAAAAGAAUCGAAAAAGAAAUCUGUAAAGAAACAUCGACGGCGUUCAUCUUCUUCACGAUCAUCAUCUAGUUCAAGGAGUAGCUCUGGUAGUAGCUCCUCGUCUCGCUCAACAUCAUCCGAUUCGUCGUAUUCUGAAUCACCAUCUCCAAAACCAAAAUCGAAGCGCCAUGAUCAUGGUAGUGAGAAAAAACUAUCUAAAUCUCAAAAACGAAAACCACCUAAUCGAUCAUCUUCAACAUCUUCGACUAGAUCAUCUCGUUCGCGCUCAAAAGAAAAGAAUACAACGAAAAGUACAGGAAAAAAAGACAAUCAUUUAAAUAGUUCUGUCUUAUCUCACAAAGCUAUAACUUCAUCGAAGAAAUCCGUUUCAAAAACUGCAGGUGAAAAAUCACGUCAAAAAAAAAACAUCCGUUUAGACGAUCGACAUCGACGAAACGACCAUCAUCACCAUCGGGCACCUCCUGUUGAAGACAAAUCAGUCGAUCAAGGUCAAUCACGUAAAAAAAAAGAGAAGAAAAAAGCAAAAAAAAGUCAUAAAAAGCACAAAAGCAGGAAUGAUGUGAACAACAAACAGCGUAAACGACAACAUAAAGAGAAGUCUAAUGCUCACCACGAAAAGAAACAAGUAAAGGAUGUAACAGAAGACGAGUACAUUGAAAAAUCCGUAGCACAAUUAUCACCAUCUUCCAAGGAAGAAGAAGAAGAAGCUUAUGAAGAAUUACCAAAUCCUAUUGUCGGCGAUGAAUUAGAAUUACCCAUAAAAACUAUUUAUACCGAAAGUACUAUUGUGCUUGAAAAUUCACUAGAUGAAAAUGAUAAAAAUCAAUUAUCAUUAAAAUUCACAAAUAAAAUGACUUCACAAAUAAAAAACAGUAGUCCUACUCAAGAUAAAUUGUUGUUAAAUUCUAAUACUACAUUAAAAUUAUACAGUGAUCAUAGCGAUAAUGAAUCUGAAACAGAUUUAAGAGAAAGAUUAUUACGUGAAAAAGCUCUAAAAUCCAUGCGAAAUAAAAAAUUCGACAAAGAUGAUGAAUGA